UCACUUUAACCCACGCCUUGGGCUCUGACACCAGUCCUCUUGACAGGGCUCGGACUCUUCUUUCGCUCUGGAGUUGCCCACGGCAAAAGGCCCUCACGUGGGCUACGACAAUGAGAAUCGGAAACUGUGGUACUCUGCCAGGAAAGGGUGGAGUGCCCUCUCCAGGAUCGGAAUAAGUUCCUGCCCCAAGUGGAGGAGUUCAAGUAUGUCGGGGUCUUGUUCACGAGUGAGGGAAGACUGGAGCAGACGAUCAACAGAGGGAUCGGUGCGACGUCUGCAGUGCCGUCGGUACGUCGUGGCGCCCAAGGAGCUGAGCCGACGGUCACUUUAGCGGUCGACCGAAGCUCCUCCCCUCAGCUCCGGUCACAAGCGCGAGAGAGACGACCCAGGACACGCUGCAGGGACUGUGUCACUCUGGGCUGGCCUAGGACUCUCCUCGGGAUCCCCCCGGAAGUCUGGGAAUCCUAGCGGGAAGCUACUGUCCCCGCGACCUGAGCCGGAAAAGGGGCAGAAGAUGGAUGGCCACUUGUUCCAUUUUCCUGAGUGUGCGCGCCCGGUCAGACAUCAAGGAGAGCCAGAACAUCGCUCUGCUGCACCAGCAGAUCAGCGCCUGCGACGCCAUUUUGGAGCGCAUGGAGGAGAUGCUCGGCGGCUUCCAGAGCGACCUGUCGUCCAUCAGCAGCGAGAUCCACACGCUGCAGCGGCAGUCGCUCGGCAUGAACGUCCGCCUGAAGAACCGGCAGGCGGUGCGCGGCCGCCUCAGCCAGCUGGUGGACGAGCUGCUGGUGCCCGGCGCCAUGAUCUCCACCAUCCUGGACACCGCAGUGACGGAGCAGGACUUCCUGGAGCAACUGCACGAGCUCAACAACAAGAUCAACCUGGCCAAGGAGCUCAGCUUCCGAGAGACGCUGGCCUGCGCUGACAUCCAGGACAUCGUGGACCGCCUCAAGGUCAAGGCGGUGUCCAAGAUUCGCGAGUUCAUCCUUCAGAAGAUCUACUCCUUCAGGAAGCCCAUGACCAACUACCAGAUCCCACAGAACACUCUGCUCAAGUACAGGUUCUUCUACCAGUUCCUGCUGGCCAACGAGAGGACGGUGGCCAAGGAGGUGCGAGACGACUACGUGGACACCAUGAGCAAGAUCUACUUCAGCUACUUCAAGUCGUACAGCGGCCGACUCCUCAAAGUUCAGUACGAGGAAGUCGCUGAUAAGGACGACCUGAUGGGGGUGGAAGACACGGCCAAAAAAGGUUUCUUCUCCAAGCCGUCUCUGAAGAGCAGGAACACCAUCUUCACUCUGGGCCAGAGGGGUGCCAUACUCAGCCCCCCGGAACUGGAGGGUCCCAUUUUGGUUCCCCACGCGGCGCAGAGAGGCGACAGCAGGUACCCGUACGAGACGCUGUUCCGCAGCCAACACUACGCCCUGCUUGACAACGGCUGCAGGGAGUUCCUGUUCCUGUGCGACUUCUUCAUGGUGGCGGGGAACUCCGCGCUGGACCUUUUCAACAGCAUCAUGGGAAAGACCCUCAGCAUGUUCCUGAAAAGCAUGUCCGCGUACGUGUCGGACUGCUACGACGGCAUCGCGCUCUUCCUGUGCAUCCACGUCAUCCUGCGCUUUCGCGCCAUCGGCGCCAAGAGGAACAUUCCGGCUCUGGACAAGUACUGGGAGGCCGUGCUGGAGCUGCUGUGGCCGCGCUUCGAGCUCAUCCUGGAGAUGAACAUCCACAGCAUCCGGAGCACCGACCCGCAAAAGCUGGGAGUGCUGGACACCAGGCCUCACUACAUCACACGGCGUUACGCCGAGUUCUCGUCGGCCAUCGUCGGCAUCAACCAGACCUUCCCCAACGAGAGGACAGACGCUCUGCUGGCUCAGCUGCAGGUGGAGGUGGAGAACUUUGUGCUGAAGAUGGCGGCGGAGUUCCCCUCCAGAAGAGAGCAGCUGGUUUUCCUCAUCAACAACUACGACAUGAUGCUCGGCGUGCUCACGGAGAGGGCGGCAGACGACAGCAAGGAGGUGGAAGGCUUCCAGCAGCUUCUGCUGGCCAGGACGCAGGAGUUUAUUGAGGAGCUCCUGUCGCCGCCCUUCGGGGGAAUGAUCUCCUUCGUUAAGGAGGCCGAGGCGCUGAUGGAGAGAGGGCAGCUGGACAGGCUGAAGAACGACGAAGCUCGCAUCUGCCAGCUGGUCCGAGGCUUCUCGGCAACAUGGAAGCAGUCGGUGGAGGCCAUGAGCCAGGACGUCAUGAGGUCCUUCACCAACUUCAAGAACGGAACCGGGAUCAUCCAGGGCGCCCUCACCCAGUUGAUCCAGUACUACCACGGCUUCCACAAGAUCCUCAGCCAGCCGACGUUCCGCAGCCUGCCGGCCCGAUCCGACCUCAUCAACCUGCAUCACCUGAUGGUGGAGGUGAAGAAGCACAAGCCCAACUUCUGACGGGUUUAUCAUUUCACCAAGGAUUGAAGGAGAAAGUAAAUAUUCUGCGCUUGUCGUUGU